AAUCGACCAUAUGGCACUACUUAGAAGUGAUUACCAUAGUUACUACACAUAACUUCACGUAUAUCGUAUAUCAUAUCUUACAACGUGCUCUCUUUACUGAUAUAUAGGUACUUGUUCUUGUGCGUGCUUAUAUGCGUUUUUAUGCAGAUUUCGUGACCGGGCUUCCGUAAAUACCAUUGAAUUUUUCAAUCCACACGUAUUACUUACUGUUAAUUUUAAAUUUAGAUAUUUAAAACGCAUAAUCUAUUUACGAGAGCUGACUCGUGAGGUUGCAGACAUUUUAAAUAUCUAUAAGUGUCUAACUUUCUGUGUAAUGAGGAAUUGUAAGUCUAGGAGUAAUAACUGUAAUAAGUAUGGUACACAUAUGAUUCGCUGAUUGAUAAUUUUUGUAGAUUCUUUAUGCGUUAUGAAAGUUCAAAACUCAGAACUUGAAUUUAACAUGUAUAGUUGUCUGUAAUUCGUGUCCUGCUCCUGCACAUAGAGAGUGCACAUUCCACAUCUUCACAUGAGUAUCCACUUUCACAGCAAGCACGUAGACAACUAAACACGAGCAAUUGAACAUAGAUACUUACCUACACAUCCUUGGCGUAAAAAAAAACAAGGUGUGGUCCUGUCAGUCCUGUAGUCAAGCGCAGCUAUUUUUUUACGACAUGCGUACAAAGUAGUUUAAUUCGAGGUUGAAAUCAAACAUCAAUUUGUGGCGUACAGUUUAAAGCAUGUCAGGUAAGCAAGAGCCUCCCAGUAAAACACCCUGUACACCCAAAGAGACUCCUGACAGAUCCGCUGCUUUUCGGACCAAUGUUCGUAGUUGCAACUGUCCCAGUAAGUUUCCUUAAAUACCAUUCCUUCCAUCCUUCUAUUGUAACAAUUACCUGUAGUCGUAUAUGAAAAAAAACAAAAACAAACCAUGAUACAAUCCUUCCUUGCCUGUUUCAAAGGCAAGGUAGAAAGUGUAAACUACAUCGAGGAUGUCGUGUGCAAGGAGGAGGACAUCAAGGAGAACGAAAUGAAAUUGCUGCCACUUGGCACGGAAGGUAGAAAGAUACUGCUAAUCAAGCAGAAAGGAGAGUUGCAUGCCAUUGGCACAAAGUGCACUCAUUAUGGGGCCCUGCUGCAUACUGGAGCACUAGGUGAGGGACGAGUCAGGUGUCCCUGGCAUGGAGCUUGCUUCAAUAUAAAAACUGGAGACAUCGAGGAUUACCCUGGGCUUGAUUCUCUACCAUGCUAUCAGGUAUCAGUUGAGAAAGGCCAAGUAAGAGUCAAAGCCAAGAUCACAGAUCUUGUUGCCAAUAGGAAAACUAAAAAAAUGUGUAAACUCAACCCAGGACACCCCGAGACGGUUGUUAUUGUUGGUGGCGGCACGUCUGGCGCUACUUGCGCUGAAACGCUUAGGCAAGAAUAUUUUGAAGGUAGAAUCGUCAUGGUUUGCAAAGAAAAUGUUUUACCUUACGACAGGGUUAAAGUCUCUAAAGUGCUAGACUUUGACGUGCAAAAAGCCUUGUUGAGAUCAAAAAAGUUUUAUGACGAAAAUAACAUUGAGACAAAACUAGGAGUCUCUGCUGUGAAUUUAGACACUGAGAAGCAAACCAUAUGUCUAGAUAAUGGCGAACAAUUGCAUUACGAUCACCUGUUUAUUGCAACUGGUUGUAUCCCAAGACAACAUAAUGUGCAAGGAAUGGAAUUGCAAAAUAUAUUUGUCAUGAGAAGCUAUACAGAUUCAGAGGCUGUGUUCAAGCAGCUGGGAUCUGACAAGCACGUUGUGACAUUAGGUUUAGGAUUUGUUGGUUUGGAGACGGCAGCCUACUGUGCUGAUAAGGUUGCAUCUGUGACUGUUAUUGGCCGGGAUUCUGUACCGUUUAGUACAGUUUUUGGAGAAGACAUAGGGAAGCGUGUUAUGAAAGAGUUUGAAGAGAAGGGUGUCAAAUUUAUAGCCAACAAUGGUAUCUGCAAAUUCUUAUCAAGGGAAGACAAUAAACAACUUGUAGGACAAAUUGAACUCAAUGAUGGGGUCGUUCUGAAAGCUGAUAUAGUUAUAUUGGGAAUUGGCUCAACUUUUUCUACUGAUUGGCUCAAGGAAACAGGAAUUCAUCUCCAAGAUGAUGGUUCAGUAACAGUGGAUAAACAUUUGAGAACUAACAUACAUAAUAUAUAUGCUGGAGGAGAUAUCGCUUAUGCACCAGUGUAUGCUGCUGGAAAAUCAGCAGCAAUUGGUCAUUUUUCCUUGGCUCAUUAUCAUGGCAAAGUAGCAGCACAAAAUAUUUGCAAAAAAGGGACUUCAUUAAAAACUGUGCCGUUCUUUUGGACUACUCUGUUUGGCAAAAGCUAUCGAUAUUCGGGAUUCGGAAAACCUGAAAAAAUUAUGAUACAUGGAUCCUUGGAAGAUUUAAAAUUCUUUGCAUAUUACAUAAAAAGUGGUGAAGUUGUAGCAAUGAGCAGUUUAGGCACAGAUCCAAUUGUGGCAGAUUUUGCCAAUAACGUUUAUGAAGGCAAAGUACUUACUGAAGAGGAAAUUGAAAAAGAUCCAAUAGGAUGGAUGCGUCAUAAACCUAAGGAUUUUCAGCCAGCCAUGAAGUCGAUAUCAUCUCAACAAACCAGGAGCUACCAUACCCUUACACUUCAACGUUUGGUUACAAAAAAAUUCAUCAAUACUCAACCUUUGAAGUAUUCAAAAAUUAUAGGCACUUUAACUUAUUUGAGAAAGUUGAUACUGUGAAUUGUUAAGUUUAUUUAUUCUUAGAAUAAAAAAUGAUUAACCUGUUACACACAAACAUUCUUCAAUGAUUUUCUUAGUUAUUUAAGUAUUUAUCUAAAUGCAGGGUAAGAUACUUUAUUUCUUAAGUAUUAUAUUGUUAAUAAAAAUUUUAAUAACACAGAAGAUUAACACUAAUAACUAAAUGCUGGUACUUAAAAAUUGUUAUAUUUUUAGUAAAAUAAAUAAACGUUAUUUACAAUAUA